UCUCUUAGCCUAAACUCUUACGACUUCUUGUUUUCUGUUCACAGAAAUGAUACCAAAGAAGAUGUGUUUGUUCAUCAGACGGCGAUAAAGAAAAACAAUCCCCGGAAGUACCUGCGCAGUGUUGGUGAUGGAGAGACUGUGGAAUUUGAUGUGGUCGAGGGAGAAAAGGGUGCAGAAGCAGCCAAUGUCACUGGUCCAGACGGAGUCCCUGUGGAAGGCAGCCGCUACGCCGCCGACCGGCGCCGCUACCGACGGGGCUACUUCGGCCGACGCCGUGGGCCACCUCGGAGUCAGGGUGCUGAGGGAGAAAUCAAGGAUGGGGUCACAGAAGGAGGACAACUUCAGCAAGUGCACAGGAAUCCUACUACCUACCGGCCCCGCUACCGCAGAGGGCCCCCUCGCCCACGCCCUGCCCCAGCCACCGGGGAGGCCGAGAACAAGGAGAACCACCACGAGGCCAACGCCAUGGGCCAGCAGCCCCUUCGCCGCGGCUACCGCCGCCCCUACAACUACCGGCGCCGGCCCCGUCCUGCCAGCGCUCCAGCUCAGGAGGGCAAAGAGACAAAGGUAACUGAACCACCUGCUGAAACUCCUGCUCCAGUGACAGAGCAGGGUGGUGCUGAGUAAUGCCCGGCUCUCCAGGCACCUUUACCAUCCCUCAGGUGUCCUAAAAUACAGCUCAAAAGUAACACCAAAGAAACACACAAGCAAUAAAUUGUCAACAGUGAUGACCAGAGCGAAGAUUUGACCUACGGAAAUGCAAAAGAAAACAAAACUUACCAGCAGCUGAGAUCCAGGGAACGCCUAGGAGAGAGAUGCAUGAGAGAGAAAAGAGAGCGAGGUUCAGAAAGAACAACCUCCCUAGUUUUCAACAGCAACUGUGGAGCUUUUGGUUUUUGGGUUUUGUUUUUUUUUUUUUCCUAGAAUUUCACUGUUUUGCUAGUAAGGAAUUUUUCAAUUUUUCGAUUUUUCUUUUGGUAUCAAACUGAAAAGGGAAAAAAAAGCAACCAAAGAACUAAAAAUUGAAACAAAAAAUGCUUUUUUUUUAUUGGAUGCUGGUGCUAAACCUCCCAAGUGUGAUGAGUUGUUUUUUUCUGUGCCAGUCCUGAUCACUGCAGGACGUGGGGAGGAGAAACUUCCGCUUUCCUUGUUAAGAUCUAUUUGAAACUGUGCAGCAUUGGGUGACGUUCCUCACAAAUAAAAGUGAUUUCAGUUACUCAAAGAA